GUAUUAGUUAAUUUACAAUCCGUCUUUUCAUCUUGCAGAGAGCUGGUUGAUAGAAUCUGUAUCAUUUGUUAAAAAACUUGACAGAAUGGCAAAUAAAGGAUAUGCAUACGGCCUUAGCGCGGAUGUCGCACGAAAGAUUGCCGGUAAAAGAGAUCCUGCAAAGGAGAAAGAAGUGGAAGACUGGAUCAAGGCAAUCACCGAGGUCGAAUUUGAUGCAAAAAAAUCAUUCGAAGAAAAUUUGAAGAAUGGAAUAAUUCUUUGCAAGUUGGCCAACAAACUUGUUCCAAAAAGCGUCAAAAAGAUAUCGGACAGCAACAUGCCCUUUAAAUUGAUGGAAAAUAUUCAAAACUUUCUCACAAUGGUUGAAAACUACGGGGUGCCAAAAACCGAUUUGUUUCAGACUGUCGAUUUAUUUGAAGCGUCCAACAUCCCAGCAGUGACUGCGACUUUGUUCGCGCUCGGUCGUGUGUGUCACUCCAAACCAGAAUUUGAAGAAAGUUCGCCAUCCUACAAAAACUGGCCGACACUCGGCCCGAAACCGUCCGCCGAAAACAAGAGAGAAUUUGACGAACAAACCUUAAUUGAGGGCAAGAAAAUUAUCGGGAUUCAGGCUGGUACAAACAAACUGGCAAGUCAGUCUGGCCAGAGCUUUGGUGGUCGUCGUCAAGUUAAUAAAUAAAAAAAUGUGUGAUAGCCUGCCGUAAGGUAGAGCUUGAAUCUGUUCAGAAUUUUCUUGCUUUCGGUAUUGUGGUAUUUCGUCACAUUUUAAUAAAGACCGUAAAUCAAAAUUGUUUUUUUGAU